AACUAGCACAGAAAGGAAAGGACGUCGUCAACGCCGCACGUGCUCGAGUUCUUUGUGCAAGUCGGAGUCGCGUGCCACUGAUGCCGAGGACCUGAUGCCGAAAAACCCCCGGUGGAAGGGAAAAGAAGAGCGCGGGGUUGUGUUUACAUCCGUGCGGCGUUCUCUUCUCUUCUCUCUUCUCCGACUAUCGUUGUGUGCGUAUCGAGCGUUGGGAAAUAAAAGAGGGGAGAAACACAUGCGCACACAUGAACGUUUCUUAUGUAUCCGCUUCUUCCGUUCCUUCCGGUGGUGGCAGACACAGGACCGGUUUACACGAUCUCCCUGUUACGAUUGUGUAAAGGGGAUUUUUGUUUCGUAUCCUUGUGGAUGUGCGUUAUGUACGAUGGAACCCCUUGAGCAGGGCCGUUGUUUACGCGACCGAAAGAGGGACAGUUCCACACGGUACGCUGACUGCUGCUGAGCGCAUAUAAAACGGUCCGGAUCUUCCGGACGGAGGAUCAUUCAGUGCCUGGCCACGGCCGAGGUCAUACACGCACACGAUACGAUACGCAAACCGAGCGCAAGAGAAAUCGUGGAAUAGUAGUGGCAGAGACUGAACAUUGUAAAUAGUAUUUCAACCCAAAAAAAAAACGUAGUGGCCUUUUCACAUUGCGCCAUUCGAGACAUUAGGCGUGUUGGAGGUCAGAUAGUGCUAGUUCGAAAGUGUGCUUUUACACUCGUAUCCCGUGUUCGGCAAGUGUGUUUCUGUGUUCCCGAGUGUUGUGACAUGCAAGGAUGGCAGCAAUCGUACAACCCGCACAAUCCCGCCAACCAUCCCCAGCUGGUCUCCUGACGACGGUGGCCAGUUUACCGGCAUCCUACAAAGUACAGUACGGUGAUGUAGUCGGAAGACCGGUCAUUUCCAACGCCAAACCACCCACGACAACCGGAGGCGACAGUCCGUUGGAUUUAACCGUACGGCAAGUAUCGGCGGGAGGUCCCAUUACACCACCGGCCACUCCUUCACCGUUGAAGAAGCGUUACCGCGAAGACAAUCAGCUAAAUGUGCCGCCGAAAACGGAAGAAUCACUGCCAAAGCGUACCAAACCGUGCACGGAAGCAAGCGAACCGGUGCUAAUUGACGUGCGGAAGGAUUUAAUCACACCGGCAAAGGCAAAGGAUGGUAAGAGUGCCAGCGAACCAACCGUUCCAGUUCCACCGAAGAGUGCAAAAAAUCCACCCACAGCAACUGCUGCCUCGGGCGGUACAAAGGAACGGCGUGCGAAAGCCAUCCGGAAGCUAAAGUUCGACGAAGAGAACUCAUCACCCGUCUCGGGAACGAUCAUUAUCUCGCUGGAGGAAGCACUCAGUGGAGAUUCGCCACGUGAAUCCGGUGACAUUGAUCCACAGUUCAAUCUGGUCGAGGUGUCGGAUGAGGUGCGCGCCGAACUUGCCGCCAUUCCGAACGUGAUCGGUGGCUACAACUGUAAACUUUGCCGUCUGGAGUUUGAGGAUGCGUUCGGGUUGGCACAGCAUCGUUGUUCCUGUAUCGUACUGCUCGAGUACCGGUGUCCCGAGUGUGGCAAACGGUUCAACUGUCCUGCAAACCUAGCGUCGCACCGUCGAUGGCAUAAACCACGCGAUCAGGUUGGGAAGAAGGGCAGUGCUGGCAAGGUUGAAGCGAGCAGUGAUUCUGCCGACUCGGACAGUGCCUCCGGUAAGUUCCGGUGCAACCAGUGUGACAAAACAUUUAAACGGCCUGCCUACCUCAAGAAACACCAGCUAACGCACAACAAACAGCCAAACAAGAAGGUGGCGGCUAAGCGAGCUCCAAGUCCAACCGUCACAGUCGGAGCUCAGUAUCCUGGAGAAGAUUCGAACCAUUCCAACCAAUCGACCCAAUCGAUGGAAAGUAGCAUCGUUACGUACACUGCCUCCGUGGAAGACUUGGUUCCUAGAACUAAGCCACCACCGCUUACCAUGUACCGGACGCUCGCAUCCAACGAUAGUGGCGUGCAGGAAAUUGAAGUGAUCACUUCCGGAUACUAUGCGGAUACGUCAACAGUGACGUUUGUGGAGGAACGUGCCAGUUCGGUAGUAUCCUCAUCGGGACGGGGCAGUGUUGCAUUGGAUCACGACGAAGAUCACGAUCAGGACAGUGACUGUGAGGAGCGUACAUUGGUCAUCAAUGAGGACUACCGUGACAACGAAGAUGAUGACGACGAGAUGGAGCGUCAGUACCGUUCGGCCUAUUGCGAUCGUUUCACCGAGGAAGAGAACCUGGCCGCCGCAGCACUCGCACGACUCCGCAACGGACCGUCCGUCAUUCGCCACACGACGGCACUGGUUGUGUAGGUAAGCUUAGCCUGUAAGAGAAGUUUCCUUUUUGAUGGUUGAAGGUUUUUUUUUUUCUGUGUGUGUAAACGAUCGAGUUUCUUUACAUUCGUACCCAAAGACCUGCCGUUAACGAUCGUUUUCGAGUGCGGAGCGAUCGUACGUGAAUAGCAGCGUUAGCAUUGUACUCUUGACUAUUAUUACUUAAUAAGUGUUGUACACAGAGGUGUGAUGCAGUGUGAUGUUCUACCGCUGGGAUGCCUUGACCUUAGCGAGGCAGCAUUUCUAAAAAUGCAACAUUUGUACAUUUCUUUAACGUAUCGAACCCGAUUCUACAGCGCCAUACCAAAGGAUUACUAUUUAGGGAAGUGUGGAAUGGUUACCACGCAUCAGUGGCCCUACCGUACUGUUAGUAACUUAUAAGCUAGCCAUAGACUGACGAGAGUGAGAGAGAGCGAGGGAGAGAGUGGGAGAGAGAUAAAGGGAGACAUUUUUGUACAUUUCUACAUUCCAAAGAUUACGAGCAAAUGCUAGUCGCUAGGUUUUACAGAAGCAAAGCUUCACGAAAUACUCUAGUUCGUAGGAUUUAUUUAAUUCUUUAUCAUACUUUUCUUUCUUCUCUUGUUUUGGCGGAAGUUUCGGUGGCGAGUUUCGAGUGUUUUUUUUUCUUAAACGCUGUGUGCUUUUUUCUUUCUUCCUACUGUAUUCUAUCGUUUCAUUCUUUGCUCUCUAACUAUUUCUACAUUCUUUCCUUCCUUUGUAAUCAUUUGUAAAACACUAUUUGCUAAAACUAUAUUGCUAUACGAAGAAAACAAAAUCAGGAACUUCCGUCCUACAGUCCAUACUUCUUGUACAUUCGAGGUUUCGAAGUUUGCAAAACUUCAAAAACCCACAACCUCCCAAAGAUGAGUAAACAUCUAGUCAUUCGUGUAAAGCGUUAGGUUUAAUAUAUUGUGUGAUUUAUAUUCUAUUCCUGUUCAGGCACCCCUAUAAAAGUUCGGUCCGUUUUUCGUUCGACAUACGCACUCAUACAGGAAAUAAGUGGAUUGGUUGAUUCAUUUCCAAUAGUUUUUUUUUGUACAUUUAAAUAACAUCAUCCCCAUUUACCAUUUCAUUUCAUUUACAUCGUCUUUCAAGCACAUUCCACUUUUUCGGAUUCCUUUUUAUCGCUCAAUGACUUUAAUAUAAUCAAGAUGAGAUUCGAACCUCGGCGUUCGGUGUAUAAGCCCGAAUGUCAAAUGAACGAAGCCGAAACGAUCGAAUGAUCAAUCUUCUAAACUUUUACUUUCGAUAAACAUUUGAAGCACAACCACUCUUGUUAUGAGCACCGAGUAAGAUCUAUAAAGAUUUCAAUCAAUUCCCUUUCGCUGUCACAAUUACGAUUGUGCACAUAAGUGGCUAGCGCCAAACAGAUAUGGAUCACUACUAACGUUAUAAGAAAAUCCUUUCCACACUGGAAAGCUGUUGCAUUCUGUAUACGAUUUUUUGUUUGAGUUUUGAUUUCGUUUCAUUAAAACGCAAAGUCUUUCGAAUGCACUUCCCCGCGCCGUUCCUAGUGAUGGUGGUGAUGCAUUUGAAACGGUGCGCUGCAGGUUCGGGAGAGGCUUUUGCAAUCGUGCGAAUAACCGUGCCAUGUUAGGUAGCGAAGGCCUUCGGUCUGGCUGCUGCGAAGCAGUGAGUACGAAAUGAAAGGUAUCAACUUAUAGCACAACAUGCCAACAUGCGCACCCACUAAGUAGAAUGUAAUCAAGGUUUAGGAAUUAGUGUGGUGCAAACUGUUUAGUUUUAGGUGCAAGCUAGUCAUACUUGAAUACUUUAGUUUCUAGUCACGUAUAUUUGUACCAAAGAAAAAGGAAGCCAUUCUAGUCCAGUUACGUCGAUCACAUCACAGCUAGUCCAGCAGGGCCCACUAGUCAGGGUGUAUGUACCUUUAGAAAGUAUUCAACACGUUUUCUGGUCAUUUUCUAGUCAUAUUUAUUUAUUUAUUUACUUCACUGUAAGCUUUUUUCGGCUUUCAUAAGAUCUCAAAACCCCUCACGAACAUGUCAGACUAGUCAUCACCAUGUACAUUAUCUAGUCCAGAACACCAAAAAUAGUUAACAUAUAACCAAAAACUAAUUUUGCUUUAAAACGAUAAGCACCAAAGAUAGUAUUACUUUUGAGUAAGUGUGUAGGGAAUUAAUUUAUGUAUUUAUUUAAAUUAUGUAUUUAUUCACACUCUUAUUUAUUUCAUAUUUAUCACUCUACGCAUGUACAUUAAUUUAUUCAAUUUCUAUUGGUACUUUAACAUUUAAUCAUGAUACUACACUUAUACUAAACGGCUACUAGCGGUAGAACAUCACGAUGCACAUUAUAUUUGCGGUACAGUUGCCUGACGUGUAACGAUUAACAAUAAGAAAAAAGCAACAAUCUCAUCACAAUUUUACAAACGAAAAAAAAACGAGGAGGAUCACACAAGGAGAACAAUCGCUUAAAAUAUCUUGUUGUAGAAUGUUGUUAGGAGCUUCUAUCAUAUUUACAAAAGGGAAAAAUUUGAAGACCAAGGUCUAAUCAUUUGCAUAUUGAAACGUUUACAAGAAGCGCAAACGUUGAAGGGUUUCUAAACAAAUCAAACAUGUGAUAUUAGGUGAAUAAGAUCUACAAAAGAAAGAGAAAACAACCCCGCUACCAGUGUACACAUACGAUGUAUUUUGCUUUUGGGCAAUUUUUGUUCCAUUUUUUAAAAAUAUUAUUCUCAAUUUUCUACGUUUGUUGCAUGUCAUCUACACGUUAGCUUUUCAUUCUUAGUUUAAGUAAUCGCUUUUGGUGAGAGGAACAGAAACUGAUACUUACUGUAGGUGGAAGCACGCAUUUUGAUUUUAAGAAGAAGAAAAAAAACAUUACACACAUAAGUACUUAUUUUUUACCAGUGUAUUAUUUUAAGUGUAUUUCGAAAAAUUUGUCUAAACAGUGAAAUGAAAGUACAAUAAAGCCAACGCAAAAAAAUCGAAUCAUUGUCUCAUUUUUCCAUUAAUGUAAAUGAUAUGAAUAUUAUAGGUAAGUAAGCAAUAAUCACGUUUUAUUGAAAAAUAUUAAACACGUGGUACAUUCGAAAAUGGAAUAAAAUUCAAACCGUCGAUUAGACCAGCAAUUUCGUAAAUUUAUGUUGCUGUCAA